CGAGCGCAGGCUAAGACCUUAAGAAGCUAGCUUCAUAGUCUUAGGUUUCUUAUUUGGAGAAAGCCGACAGCAAGCCUAUUAAAACUUAGGGGUUAAAAACUUUGGUGCUAAAAUCAAAGGGAGAGGGAGAUUUGCUAAUUAAUUGAUGAUGGAGGAGUUAAGUGAAGGAGUGAACAAUAUGAACAUUAGCGGAGGAGACCUUCAGAAGAAGAAUCGUAUUCAGGUUUCUAAUACCAAGAAACCCUUGUUCUUCUACGUCAAUCUUGCCAAGAGGUAUAUGCAGCAGUACAAUGACGUGGAACUUUCUGCUCUUGGGAUGGCUAUUGCCACGGUUGUCUCAAUUGCUGAAAUUCUGAAGAGCAAUGGGUUUGCUGUGGAGAAGAAGAUUAUGACAUCAACUGUUGAUGUUAAGGAUGGCUCCAGAGGGCGUCCCGUCUCCAAAGCCAAAAUUGAGGUAUUGCUGGGAAAGAGUGAAAAAUUCGAUGACUUGAUGGCGGCUGCGGCAGAGAGGGAACUUGGAGAUGGUGAGGAGCAGAGUUAAGAGCAAGCUCCUUUUUUUAUAUGAAUUUUUGGAGUCUGUUUUUUAUUCAAACAAACGAGCAUCUGCAGUGAGUGUGAUUACCUAGAAUAGUUGUUUGUUUGAAUUGUUAGGAGUAUACCCUAUCUGGUAAGAUGAAGUGAAGUUUUGUUGCUUGACAACUUUGGCCUUUUAGGUGAAUAUAUAUGGCUUGAUGAUAAUAUGCUGAAAGUUGAGUCAGUGAAGAUUUGCUUAUAUUUCUAUGUAUCUCUAGCCGAGGGUCUAUCGGAAACAGUCUCUCUACCCUUCCAGUGGUAGGGGUAAUGCUGCGUACAUCUUACCCUCCCCAGACCCCACUUGUGGGAAAUUACUAGGUUUGUUGUUGUUGUUGUUGUUGUUGUUGUUGUUGUUAAAUAUUUCUAUGUAUGCGUAAAUACAAUUUAACAC